UAAGGUGCUCGGGAAGCCGCCGAAGGUGAGUGAGACAUUCGGUUCUGUUGCAAAAACGGAACCUGCUCCAGAGAGUGGCGAUAGGCUAGUCACACACUGACUGUUGACUGUUGACUGUUGGUCUCGAGCAACUCUAGUCUGUCCAACAACAAGAAAAUGAUUCAAUACGAACCACCAAGUACCGAAGUCCUGGAAAAGUACUACCAGGAGUUAGGAAUCACCGUGGAGACCCUGGAGAGAGAUGUGGCUACGCUGAAAUCCUGGAUGGAGAAACAACCGCAUCUUCCAGACAACGUUGACAACGAAACCCUGGAGAAGUUUUUAAUCCACUCCAAGAACAGCCUGGAGCGAGCCAAGAGCAAACUGGACUGCUACUACACGGCAAGGGCAACUAUCCCGGACAUGUUUCAUGAUAGAGACCCCCUGGACCCCUCCAUAAAGAACAUCGCCGAAGUCGCUAUGUACUGCACGUGCCCCAAGACCACUCCAGAAGGAGACCGGGUGACUAUCAUCAAGACCUUUGACCAGGACCUGAAACGUUUCGACAUCCUGGCGUGUAUCAAGAUCGGUCUGAUGAUGUUGGACGCCCAUCUCGCAGAGGACCUCUGCAGGAAACACUUGGUAGUGUUUGACUUCGAGGGAAGCUCCCUGGGACAUGCCGCUGCCUUCACCAUACCCGUCAUUAAGAGAGCUUUGCAGCUCUUCUUGGACGUACUCCCUCAAAGAUUUGCUGGUUUCCAUGUGGUUAACGCUCCAUCGUAUUUCGAGUCUAUCGUCAACAUCUGCAAGGGGCUACUAAACAGCAAACUUUCUCAGAGAGUGUUUGUGCAUGGAAAGGACAUGACUACGCUACACCAGUACAUCUCCAAGGACGUAUUGCCUCCGGAGUAUGGGGGUACUUAUUCUGCGUCCAUCGAGGAACUCCGAGUGAUGGCGUACCAGUCGUUGGUGGAACGCCGUGACUGGUUCUUGCAGCAGAACAAGAUCCACUCGGACGAGGACAAAAGACCCAACCGGAAGUUGAAUGGGAUCGACCAACAACUGGAAGGUUCCUUCCGGAAAAUUGCCAUCGAUUGAUCGUAAUAUAAUACGUUGGUCUAUUUAUUUAUAGAAACCUUUUGGUGAUAUUAUAAAUUAAUAUAAAAAUAAGCUAAUAUCCUUCCUUGAUUUAUGUAUUCAGUUUAAUUCCUGUUUUUGCAAGUGUCACUGUUCAAAACUGUUAUAGUAGUAACUAUUAAUUGGUGGAUCCUCAGACAAAUAAAUACCGUGUAUUAAAAAGUUCUUUACAAUGGAAUGUCAUUAUCCAACAUGUCAAUGAGAUGUAUCAGUCAACGAUUUGUUAGUUACUAAUAAAAAAAACUGUUGUAAACAAAACUAAUGUGUUUCAUAUAAGAUAUAGUAGGGGAAUAAUAAAUCACUUUAGGUGUUUUUUAUUAAUUAAAUUUGAUUUGCGUGUUUUGAUAUUUUAUUUGGAAUUGUUAUAGGUUUGUUUACUUCCUUAAAAGCCAACGUAUGUUUUUUUUUAAAUUGAGUAAAUAUCGGUCGUUUUUAAAAAUACACUCCUACACACCUACUACCCUAAAAUGAUUUGGAAUUGUUCUUAAAAGAAUGCUAAGGUAAUUUAUAGAAAUUAAAAAUGUAAUAUUCAACAUUUUCAGUUUUAAAUUUUGUUAAAAUAUUGCAUUGUUAAAAUUUGAUUCAGAAUGCCUUUAAUGUUGAAAUUAUGUUACAUGAGACGUAACAUAAUUCCAAUAGCAUAAAAAUAUCGGCACAUUAUCGUGACAAAUAGUUAUUAAAUGCUUUGUUUGAAUUCCUUAAUGUUACGCUAAAAAACAUGUUAUCGCUAAACAGUACAGGAUCUUUAAUUUGCUGUAACAAAACGCUAUUAGCUCUUGGUAUGUUAUGCUGAUAAAUAAUAAACAUUAAAAGUAA